AUGAACUUAUCCGUCAAUGCUAUUACUGCAAGAGAACGUUUACUGCCUGAGGGAGCCAAAAAUUUCGUUCCUGUGGCUUUGAACUUCAGACCCAAAAAUCCCAGUCCAUCGUCUUCCUCACCACCGUCCUAUCCUCAUCGCCGGCGAAAGUGGAGACUCGUCGCUGCUGUGCAAUGCCAGGCUCUCCUUCGUGCUUCCCAUCUUUGUUUGUCUUUCUUGUUUGCUGCUCUAUCCUCGGCGUUCACAUUCGCAUUGCUGAUGGGUGGAGGAAAUCAGGUUGCCGGAGCUAGUGGUAAUGGUCGCGAGCUUAAUCUGCGGCCUCUUGUUUUUUUUCCCUCCUCUGCUGUUAUUGGUGAUUAAGAUGAGAAUUUUUGAGCCUUCUUUGUUGAUGAACCUGUGCGAGCAGGGGUGGAGAGAGGGACCGGCAGACGGCUCCGUGACUUUUUAAAUUUUUAGUAGUAAAACGUAAAAGUUAUGUUUUUUUAACUCUCAUAGAUUGAUACAUUAGGUCAUG